GACCGUUCUCGGCCAGAUGCGGACUUUAUAAUUGGAACAGUACUCGGACUGCGACUGAUGACGUUCCACGAGUCCACGAGAACAAAAGUCCACACAAGAACGCAUAUUGAGAAAGGGUCUACGUUUCGCGGGCGAUCAACUAAAAAAGACCGGAAAUAGCGUCAAAUUACGACCGUCCAUGUAAUAGCUUUCGCUGUCCGCGUCAGGAGACAGCGACGAUAAUUAUAUCGAGGGAACAAUGGUUGUUACCACAAAUUGGUAAUCUUAAAAUAUGUAUUUGAAUUGUUAUUCCGUAAGUUGGAAGUAACCUUUUUUUGCUUAAGCGCCACUCGCCUCUGAGCAACUUUCAUCAAACAGUGCUUUUGAUAGUACUAGCAUAAUCUAACGGUAGCUGCUAACUAAGGCUACUAGAUAGCGUUAGUUAACGGUAGCGACAUUUUGUGACGUAAUCAUCGAGUGACGGCGGAUUUACAGGUCAAGAACCAUCAGCCAGCAUGGACUCCUGGGUUAGAUUCAACGCCCAGAGCCAAGCCAAGGAGAGAGUAAUUAGGGCCGCUCAGUAUGCCUGCACCCUGCUGGGACACACUCUGCCGAAAGGGGGCGCCAUGGCUGAACAUCACAAGACUGUCAGUCAGCUGGAAGCACACAUGAGCAUGACCAGGAAGCUGCUGCGUCUGGGGAACUCGGUGGAGGCGCUCGAAGCUGCCAAGAGGGCCAUCCACCUCUCUGAUGGGGUGCUGAGGCUCUGCCUGACCAUCAGCCACCUCAACAGGGCCAUGUAUUUUGUCUGUGACAAUGUGCUGUGGGCUGGAAAAGUGGGCCUCAUCUCUAAACUGGACCAGCACAAAUGGAGUCAGAGAUCUUUCAGGUACUACCUCUUUGCCUUGAUCCUCAACCUGACUCGAGAUGUGUAUGAGCUCCGCCUCCUCAUUGAGCAUGAAGGGCCUUACAGACCCUCUAAACCCCCCUGCUCCCCCAUCCCCAGCACAACCCUGUCCUCCCCCACACCUGCCACUUCUGCACGGAUUUGCAGAAAGCUCCACCUUCUGAUGACGGUGCUCUACAGUAACCCACCACUGCUGUUGGACCUGUUGAAGAACGGUUGUGAUAUCUUCAUCCCUUUAGACCGGCUAGGGAUUUACCCCACAGGUUCAGGCUUUGUCGGGGCCUGUGGCCUUGUCUCCUCUAUCCUUUCCAUCCUCACCAUGGUCCACCCUUGGCUCAAACUCAAGCCGUGAACUCAGAGCCAAAGUGGAGAUGGAGUGGCAGGGCAGCCUGAGUUGAGAAUCUAGCACAGAUUAUUCUGUAAAGCUGCUGGUGCAGUGUGAACACUCAUUGAAAUCAUCUAACAGGUUUUUCCCCGCUGCAUUACAUUUCCACUAAUUAUCAGCUGUAACUGUAUGCGUGAACUGAUUAAAGUUAGGGCUUCAGAUGGAAGAGUGUAGCUUGCCCUCCAUGAUAUAAUUCUACACAUCGGUCCAGCAGACAUUUUACACAAUUGACAGGAAGUGUUUUAAAAAUAAAAACCCAAUAGAAGUUAGUAUAAAAAAUAUUCAUAUUCAUUCAUAAAAUUUGUGUUGGAUUGCCAGUGAGAAAUUAACUUGGAUAUGCGCACAGCUUGAUCGACCUCAAUAGGGCCACAUUCAAGCUAGUCAGACCGGAGCUCCUAAAAAGGUGCCUGCUGCUGAGUGGUUUUUUACCGUGGAUCAUAGCCAGCAAGAGGGAACAACAAUCAUGGGUUUGGGGGUGUGAGGUCCCCAAAGAUUCCCUCCGGACUCUUCAUGCAACGCAGUGCAAACUUACAAUUUGGGUUUUAUAUGUUCCAUAUCAUCUUGUGUCCUGCUCCUGAUUGUAUGGACAUUUUGGGAUGUCAGCUCGUAUGGACAGAUGUUCUUACCUAAACAAUCUAGCUCCUAAUGCCUAAACUAACCAGGGGGGGGGGCAGCUUAGGGUACACAUGAUCAAGGUAGGGACUGAGUGCUGUGUAGAGAAAACACACUGAAUGUUUUUCCUCAAUUACAAUAGUGAAAGAACCAUUUUAAGGCAGUCUGUUGUAGGAGGAAUCUGCACUGUGUUUAAAGCCUUUCAAUAAAAGUAUUACUGUG